AUGGCAGGGCAUAGUAGUAUGGUGAGUUUACUAUUAAUGGUUAUUAUACUGGCAACUAUGGCUUUCACCACCAAAUCCCAACCUCCGAUGGCCAUGGUGCCUGCCCUCGCGCCAGCCUCAGCAUUGCCACCGGCUAAGGUGUUUAGUGUGGCAUUAUUUUUUCUCAACAUAUCCCAAACAGAACUACUACCAACCCCACCAAUGCUGGUGCCUCCUCCUCCUCCAACUCCAAGGUCGAUUCCCCCUCCACCUCCGUCGCCAAUCAUGGAACCACCUGAAGAGGAUUCCCCUCCUUUAGAGGCUCCAUCGCCAAUCAUGGAACCACCUGAAGAGGAUUCCCCUCCUUUAGAGGCUCCAUCGCCGUCAGAUGACUCAGAUGGUAAUAUCAAUGACAAUCCACAACCAUCUCCGUCCCUUCCACCAGAUGAGGGGACUGAUCCAUUGCCAGAUCCUAUACUCGCUCCUAAUCCACCACCGCCACCAAUACCAUCACCAUCACCACCACCACCAGUUACUGAUCCAGAAGAGGAUGCUACACCGAUGCCACCAUCAGAAGAAUAG